AUGGAUGUCACUCCGAACCAAGAACGUGAGCUUACGGUCGAGCGCAAAGAAAGCCACACUGCUGCAAAUCAUCAUGAGGUCGUCGAAGUAGAGAUAGAAAAGAGCCAUGCAGCACAGGGUGAUGAGUCCGAUGGUCGCGUUGACUGGACAUGGAAACAGAUCAUUGCAACCAUAUCCCUGUGCGGUGUCUAUGUUGGUUCACAAAUUCCUCUUUACUUUGUUGGAGGUAGAUCACUCAGUUAUAUUGCGUCAGAUCUGGGAGCAGCGUCAGUUGGUUGGCUGCCGGUCUCUAACUCACUAGCUCUGGCUGCUGUUUGCCCUUUCUGUGGCUACUUACAAGACAUGUUCGGCAAGCGCAACAUUUCAAUUCUUGGCUCGACCUUGAUCGUGGUCGGCAUUAUACUUACAGCCACCGCUAAGUCAUUCGCUGCAGGAGUGGUCGGUAUGACGAUUGCUGGAGGUGGAGCCGCUGUAAGUUCUCUUCUCUCAUGCAUCUAG